AUGCAACUACAUUCUGGAGACUUCACGGUUCGAAUUCUUCAAGGUUCUGGCACGCGCGACUGGCAUUUCGUGUUGCUUUCGUGCGGAGAGGUAGAGGCAGCAACUCUCAAGUUGGUCUUGGAGGCUGAAAGGGGUGCCCUGUCCAUCUUUGAGGCAAACAGCCAUUUCCAUAGUAGCAGCUGUCCGCAGACCGCUUCCAGCUGGUGGCUCGAAUCCAGGUUGUGGUCGGCAGACCCUGUGAAGAACCAAGCCAACCUCCGCAUGAUGCCGUUGCGAAAGGGCAUCCGCAUGAUGCGAAAAUGCAAGUUUAAGGAGCGCGGUGGCGGUGGCCCAGAAUCAGUCAGAUGGAGAUUGCGCGCUGAUACAGAAGGAGGUGAAAAAACCUGUGGCGCCCAGGAUUCCCUGCGUGAUCCAUCAAACUUGGAGAAACUCGGGGCUGAGUUGAGCCAGAAAUGGUGGCCCAAUUUAAGAAAUCAGAAGGUCGUGGGCAAACACAAGUGGUGGACCAAGACGUGGCGAACCAUGAACCCUGGCUGCGAAUACAAACUCUGGACCGAUGCAGAUCUAGAAGAACUGGCCCGGAGCAAAUCACCCGAUUUGAUUUGGCCCAUCUGGGGCGGCCUGACGAAGAUCGAAAAAGCCGACGCCUUCCGAUACCUGGUCCUUUGGGACCAGGGAGGCUACUAUGCUGAUCUGGAUGUGACCAGCCUGAAGCCCAUCGAAAAAUGGGAGGUACCGAAGGAGGCCAACAUGAUUGUGGGCUAUGAAUAUGGCCACCGCUACACGGAGGAUGCCAGGAUCGACAACACACUGGUGCGCACCGAGCAGUUUGAGAACUGGCUGAUGGCAUCUGCCCCAAAGAGUCCCGUGAUGUUCCGAUGCUUGCAGAUGGUGCGCGAGAAAUUCAACUGGAAAAUCCAGAACGCCUUGGAACUCACAGGUCCAGGGACAUUCAGUGAUGCCGUGCACGAAUUUCUGGAAAAGGAAUCCCAAAGCUCGGUGAAGAAUGAGGUUUCAUUUCGACAGAGCAGGGUCGAGUACAGAAGGGACUCGCACUACUUGAGCUAUCCCAGUGAGACAUUGUACGGGACCGGAGAUUGGAAGCUUUGGAUCCUGGCUGCUGGUAGGGUCAACCAGCUUCCCCAGGUGGCAGCAGAUGACCCCUCUGAGGCUCUGGAGCCCAUCGUCCAUCAUUACUUUGAGGGGACCUGGAAACCUGCGCACGGCGGCCGCAUCCGUUUUCUGGAGCGCUGCGAGGCUGAGAACGUUCAGCUGCAGCAGGAACUGCUGGAGAUGCGUGAUGUCCUGGAGGCGCAUCACUUGGACAAGGCCUUGAAGCAUGAGAAGGGCACCGCUCAAGUGGAUUUUGUGGGAGGUGCCAGUUUGGCGGAAGAGAUGGAAGAGCUGGCACAGAUGGAGGCAACUGAGGCAACCACCGAGGCUGCCCAGGGGACUCAAAAGACCAGGACCAAGAGCGUGCAGCUUGAGGUGGAGCCGGAUGCCGAAGUCGCUCCCAAGCGGAGUCGCCCAAAGUUGCGGAGGAGUAGCAGUAGCGUAGCAGCAAGCAAACUGGCAGCCUUGCAAGAAGAAUACGAAGAGAAGUUCGAGAAUCAGAGCCAACAGCUUCAAAGUGCGUUGGUCAACAAAGAGCGAAUUGAAAGGGAGAAACAGGAGGUGGGCUGCCCCGAUAUCCAUGGCAUUUGGCAACCACCAUGGGAUGCCAUGGGCCGGAAACUCUCGAAGCUCCUCCGUGUGGCCGUCGUCUUGGCGGUGUAUACAGUGGAGGCGGCGGUGGAAGACUUUGCCUGUGCCAGAGAUGGAUCCUUUAUCGAGGUGAUCCAAUACUUGGAGCAAGCAUUUGCUCAGCCCAGAGUUGUUCCUCCAAACCAGCGGAUUUUGGCAGGUUUAGAGCGUGUGGACGCCUACCUUGGGGCCUUCGGCUUCCGCGUUUCCGCCGGCGCCGUCGGCUGGCAGAACCUCUUCGAGGCUCUGCAGGGCUGUCCGCUGGUCUUCGUGGCGCUGGAGAUGGCGUAUGCGGUGGGGGCUUGGAAUGGAACGGAUGGUGUUGAGUACGGCCUUCGUGGUUUCUCUGGAUCUCUGGGUUUGCAAGGACAUAGUGCAAAAGCUCUCGCACUGGCCCGUUCCUGGCGAAGCUGGUUUGAGACAAAUCUUCAGAUCCAGGCACAGCUGGGCUGGAACUUUGUGCAGAUCUGCGAAGGAGUGCUGCAGUGGCCACAUUUGAACCAAAUGGCCCAAGUGGCACUGGCUGCUCUGAACUGUGAGCGGCCAGGGCCCACUUCCCUUGCUGAACUCCUCGGCUGUGCCUCGACUUCGACCACUUCGUUGCGCUGCGCGCGGCCGGUGGAUCCUGCGCUGGAAACCUUGGGCGCUUUCUGGGACCAGUUGCAGGAUGCCAUGGUGAUCUCACCCACUCUGCAGAUGCCGUAUGGCCCGGGUCAACCCUACCUUUUGCAGCUGAUCCUCGAAGAGCUGUCAACGAAGCCGUUGGGACGGGAGCUGUACCUGGAGUUUGGUGUCUUCCAGGGUGACAGUUUAAACUUCCUGGCACGCGGUCUGCACGAUGUGACACUCUAUGGCUUUGAUUCCUUCCGGGGCCUUCCAGCUGCUUGGCGGGAUGGCUCCGACAUUCCAGGCGCUUUGAGCUUCGGCGCCAGCAGUUUCGCAGUAGGUCAGUUACCUCAAGUGGAGGAGAACGUGAGGCUCAUUCCCGGCUGGUUCAAUGAGACCAUUCCCGCCUUUGUUGCGGCACUGGAGGCCACCGAAAGAAAGGACGUGACGAUUCGGCUCCUGCACAUUGAUUGCGACAUGUACAGUUCGGCCAUGGAGGUCUUAUUUGGUUUGGCCAAGUUCCUCCGUGCAGGAAACCUCUUGGUGUUUGACGAGUUGUUGAACUUUCCCUACUUUGAACGCGAGGAGCUUCGUGCGUUUUAUGAGUUCCUGCGACAGCAUCGCUGGAAGUAUCGCAUCGUUCACGCGCCCUGGUUCUUCCUGCCUUCCACUUCUGACUUCGCUGAACUCUACCAGAAGGACGGCCUCUCUGAGAUCGAUUUGCUUCAAGCAGUGGCGGUGGAACUCCUCUGUACUACGGUGUGUUGUGUUGAGCACUUUGGCAAAGAAAAGCAGGCCAUCGAUGCUUUACAGAAACAAAUCGAAGAGUUGAAGGGCCGGCUGCCCGAGACCGGUGGCGAUGCGCUGGCAGGGCUCUUCCAAAUGAUGUCACGAAUCAAGGAGCUGACAGCCGAAGCUUCCGAUGCGGUGCUGCUGGGCUUCUCCGCCCCGGAGGCCGCGGGCUACGCGGCAACGGCACCGCUGAAGGCGCUGCCGGAGCCGAAGGCGGAGGCCCUGAAGUUCAACAGCAGCAUGGCCUCCAGCACUGUGCGAAGCCGGCUGCAGGAGAGGCGAUCGAAGAAGCUGCCGGAGAAGGAGGAGAAGGAGGAGAACGAGGAGAAGGAGGAGAAGGAGGAGAAGGAGGAGAAGGAGGCCAUUUUGACCGAUUUGGAGUCCUUGGAGGGCACGGAGAUCCGUGGGUUUUGGCCUCAGCUGGGAAAUCUGGUGGAAGAGAGGAUCUCCUUCCGAGCGCCACAAUGGUUGCCCGAUCCCAGCGGGAGGGGCCAUGGACGAUGGUUGGUGCCUCGUGACAACCCAUCCUCCCCUCGCGUGUCUUUGGCCCUGGUUGACCCGGAAACCAACGAAGCUGAGAUUCUCUGUGAGAACUUACCUCCAGAGGCGCAUUUCACUGCGACUCCCAGCUGGGUUGCCUGGUGUGGUCUGCACGAUGAACACGGGCAUGGCGGGGUCUUUGCGCGCCGCAUCCAUCCCAAACUUGGUCCACCUUUUACAGCUUUCACUCAUCCCAAUCGAGUGGAGGGCAUGACAUGGGGCGGCUCACGCUUGGCCUUGCUGGUGCAUGCGCCCAACUGCUUGGUUUGGACGGUUUGGGAUGCAGAGCUGGCUGAGACCAGAAGUAGUGGCUGCCUCACGGUGGCCCCCGUGGGCUUUGUGCCCAACCGUGUCUUUUCGGGACGGGUGCUGCCAUUCUUCGACCAGUUCGAACGUCGCUUGCGCUUUUGGAAUCCAGGCAAUGAUGCACUGGUGUACGCCGACGCCGAAUCUGAGGCGUGUGAUGGAAGUUUUGGUUGCCAUCUCGUUGCCAUCUCGUAUGGGUGCAGAGCUUUCCCCGCGAGUCGUGCCUCGGUGGUCAAGGAAAAGAUUCAUCGGGAGAUCAUGGGAGAUCAACAUGGCAAUGGCAUCAUGGACUUUUUCGAAAUCAUGGUCGCUCUUGCAACGAUCAACGCCUCAUCCCCUGAGCUCUUUGUUCGGGGGCGAGGAGCUCAGAGUUGCACCUCCACGGGUCAGGACUUUGCUGCUUGGCGCGAUCUUGGCCAUCUUGGAGCCAUGUCACAUGUGGAUCCCAAGGUGAACUACGAGUGUUGCAGCGAGGAUGCAUUACUGGAUGAUGGCCGGGGGCAGAUCUAUCAGAAGUAUGUCGGACCUGGAAAGGGCGCAACUUGGAGGAAUUUCAGCCUCAAGCGAACUAAGGCCUACACAAGAGUGGACGACUACGUCCAUGUAGGACAGGGUCGAGGAGACUAUGACUGGGAGCGCGUCAGAAUGCCCUGGUACAGGUGGUGCCUGUGGGCCAGCUGCGGAUGUUUCCUUUUGAGCCUCAUCAUUGCGGCCAUCGUCUUUGCCGUAGAGCAUCACCAGCAGGUAGGAGCCGAUGAGGGUGCACGUUACAACUGCUACACGGCCGCCGGUAGCUUGCCACCACCGGGGGCCAAGAUCAUCGAGCUCUGGUCCAAUCCGCACAAGAUUUGGUGCUGUGAAAACAUGGGCGUGGCUUGUGCCACCUCGAGCACCACUCAGAUGCCGACCACCUGGAUCAUGGUCCCUGUGCCCGACUUCAAGGAGGGGCUGAAGGGGGUGCCGGCCAUUGCCGGAGCACCUGAUGGGGUGGUUCCCUUUGCAGUGACCUUCCACUGCCACGUGGGCAUGCCGAGUGGCUGGUCGCAGGAGCAGCAGGAUUUCUGCUGCAAACACGUGAGCAUCGGCUGCAAGAUGGAGGUCCCACCGGAACCCAACUGUGAGCUGUUGCAGGGACUGGAGGAUGCUGCGGUGGAGGAGCAGGCGGCCAUCGCCGGCGAACUUAGGAAGUCGGUUUCGAACUGCCCAAACUCAACGGAGGGAGGUGAUGUCGAAGAGCCUUCAUUGGAUGCGUCUUUGCACCUCUCAGAGUUGGUGGCGUCACUUGACCGUGCGAAGACCAGCGCAAAACCGGGGACCUUUGAGCUGUUGGACACGGAAGUGCGCUUGCGCACCAACGACGUCAGCUGGCAUUUUCAUUGCGUGGAGGUGAAGCUGGAGGCCGAUCGGCUCAUGGCAUACGUGGAGGAAACUUCCAGGGAGCAUGGACGACAGGGUUUGGAUGAAGUGCCAUGUGCCCUGCAGUGGGCGCAAAAUUCCACCACCAUUUUCCUGGGCGUCAAAUACGCGUCGCGCUGGUCAGCCCCGGGUGCUAUUGAAGUGGCAGACGUGGGGGUGAACAUCACCGACACGAACUUUUCACUGGCUGCGUUUGGGCACCAUUCCUCCAUCAGAAAGAGAUAUGUGGUCGACCUGCCUCUUUUCGCUCCAAUUGUGCCAGACAGCAGUAGCUGGUCCAGUGCUUCGGUGGGCCGCGCCACCGCGACCUUGCAGAAACAGACCCCUGAGAAGUGGCCAAAGCUCACAGGGGCCAAGAGCAAACAUCCAGUGACCACCUGGUUGGAUAUGGAGGAGCGCUGGUCGGAUGAGUUGAACAGUUUCGCUCGCGAUCGCCGGGAGAAGAAGAAGGCGCCUGCGUCCCCCACGUCGCCCGUCGGCGAAGCGAACGAAGCGAAGCGGCUCCAGAUCUCCUGGCGGAAGAAGGUGCAACGAUGGUGGAAGAAACUGCCCAAGCCGUUGCGGAAAGUUGCUCCAUGGUUGCUACUGGGGGUGGGAUCGUUUCUGACUGGCUAUGCCAUCUUCAUUCUGUGCACCAGGGAUGUGGCUGCUGAGAAGCCAAGUGAACCCACCUGCAAGCUGGAUGAAGUGCCUGACACCUGGGACAAAUAA